UACUAAAGCAAAAAAUAUUAUCAGUAAAAUGUACUUAAAGUAUCUAUCUUAAAGAAGUAAAAGUACUUGUUCUGCAGAUGGCCUCUGUGACUGAUAUAUUAUCAUGACAUUGCUAGAUUGCUAAUGCUGAUGCAUUCAUUUGUAAGGAGCAUUUUACUUUUGCAGCUGGUGGAGGUGGAGAUAGUUUUAACUACUUUAUAUAUAUUUAGGUAGUUUAGUCCAGUGUCUCCCAACCAAGGGGUCGGUGAGAUGAUUAACAGGGUAGAAAAUAGAAAUUUCUGCGACAUAAUUUGAAUUUUUGGAUCUCUCUCUAAUUUUUGCAGUGUUUGUAAAAUAAUGGAUACUUUAACCUCUUUUCACUUAAAAAAAAUUACAGAAGACUGGUAGACUGUUUGUCUAGCCACUUCUAGAAACCUGAACAGACCAACAGCAACACUAGCACUUGCUGGUCUAUUUUAAACCUUUUUACCAGUGAGCAUGCUAUUGCCCCCACUCACAGGCAGCAAAUGGCGCAGAACACAAGACAGACCUGCUAGCAAACAAAAAUACAACAACCUGUGAAGAAUAGUUUAAGAAAUCAAAGCUGAUGUCAUCUCAGUUCAGAAACUUCUGAAUUCUGGAUAGCUUUAGGACACAACUGUGGUAAAGACAUCCAAAGCAGUGGUCUAUGGAUGCACCAGUGCUGGACUCUGCUCAGGCAGAGCAUGGCUCACUUCUGCUCAGGCAGCUGGAGAGGAUGAGAGCCGCUGAGGAGCUCACUGAUGUGGUGCUGCUGGCAGAGGGGAUUCCCUUUUCUUGCCACAAGGUGGUACUGUCUGCAUUCAGCCCUUACUUCCAGGCCAUGUUUACAUGUGGUCUGAAGGAGACCCGGGGAGGAGAGGUGCCUCUCAGAGACACUCCUGCACAGAGCCUGGAGCUGCUACUGGACUACAUGUACCGAGCUGAACUUCCGCUUUCCAACAACAACAUCCAGGGAGUGGCUGCUGCUGCCUUCCUGCUCCAUGUAGAUGGAGCCUUCAGGUUGUGUCAGAGACACAUGGAGGCCGGUAUGGACCCCUCCAACUGUGUCGGUCUGUACCACUGGGCCAGAGACCUGGGGGCCACCGGGCUGGCUGACUGCGCCUUGAGAUACCUCUACCAACACUUUGCACAGGUUUGUGAGGAAGAAGAAGUGUUGGAGCUGGAUGCCCAAAGUCUUGGGGACCUGCUAGGUUCAGAUGACCUCAACAUAUCACAGGAGCAGGUUGUGCUGGAGCUGGUGCUGCGUUGGGUGGAGAGGCGAAGGGGGGACUCGCAGAGUGAAGCCCAGGCUGUGGCGUUACUCAGACGUGUCCGGCUUGAGCUUGUGGACCCUGGAUUCCUACGUAAAGCCAGGAGGAGAAACCCGGUAUUGCUGCGGGAUGCUGAGUGCUUUGGGAUGAUUGAUGCUGCUCUCCAGACCUCGGGUCUGUGCGAGACGUCAGCUCCACCUCGGCCGGCCCUUCGUUACGGCAUGAAGACCACCGACCUGCUACUCUGCUUGGGUGGGGUGAAUGAGGAGGGAGUGCCUGCCCACCGUGGAGGACUUGCUGACCUCAGUUUUUGCUUUGCCCCCCAUGGUAGAAGGACUUACUACAUCCCUUCUCCAUUGAGGGGCUGUGGAGGUAUGGGGCAGAUCACAGCUGGGGCAGUGACACGAGACAACAACAUCUUAGUGGCCAUAGAGGCAGAAGACCAACACAGGAUGAAGAGGGUGGAUUUCUACAGGUACGAUAAUUCGGAGCAGAACAGCUGGGUGGAGCUGUGCUCAGCAGCAUACAGGGACAUGUAUGCUUUAGGGAUGCUAGGUGAUGCCCUGUACAUGAUAGGCGGUCAGAUGAAAGUACGUAAUCACUACAUCAUCACAGACAGUGUGGAGAGAUGGUCGCUGAAGAGAGGAGGCAGCUGGCUCAGCUUCGCCCCUCUGCCUCUCCCCUUAGCCUGCCACUGUGCUGUCAGCCUGAAGGAGUAUCUCUAUGUGCUGGGGGGCUGGACACCACAGUCUCCCAGUCUUUUUCUUCCUCCUUCUGUGCAACUCUCUCCUCUACUCCCUCAGUACCAGCCAGAUGAUGAGCCUGACAAGCUGAGUAACCGUGUGUUUCAGUUUGACCCUGGCAAGGACGAAUGGACAGAGCGCGCCAGGAUGAAGUCCUCCAGGUACCGCUGUGGCACAGCUGUCCUCGGUGGAGAAAUCUACAUACUAGGUGGUAUAGGAUGUGAUGGAGAGGACCGUGGACAAUCACGUCGCUGUCUGAGCUCUGUGGAGAUCUAUAACCCAGACACAGACACCUGGAGGGCAGGGCCCACCUUGCCCACAUCUUUACUCUCCCUCCGAACCAACGCCUCUAGUAUAGGAGUAGUGGAGGGCAAGAUCUACCUCUGUGGAUACUACAAGGGGGCUGGCCGUCAUGAGAUCAUCACCAAGGAGAUUUUGGAAUUGGACCCUGCAGACAAUGUGUGGACGGUGGUGGAAAGACGAGCAGCCAUGCAUGACAGCUAUGAUGUCUGUCUGGUGGCUAACCUCAAUCCUCGAGACCUCUUCACACCCUAAUUAAUCUCCUCCUGACUCUGAGCAACAAUGCAAAGAGCAAGGGUUUGUGGGAAAUGAACUUCUGUCCUCUUAACCUCAUACUGCUUUGUCCAAACCUGGCUUAACUCCUAGACUUCACACGAAUCAACAGCAAGGUCAAAAUACAUGUGAAAUCGGGAUGCCUAGUUGGUUGAUGUUGCUUUGAUGAUGAAAGGAUGUUAAUCUAUAACUUCCCCCCAAAAAAGGCAAUACUCUAUGUGUUCUUUUAAAUUAAUCUUUCUGAAAUGUAACCAUCAACAAAUCAUCAUACCAAAAAAACUUUCUAUGUGAAUGCUUCCCAUCUUUCACCUGAGCUGUCUCUCUCCAAAGGUGAAAAACCUACCAGCACCUCUAAAGCUCACUGACUAACACGAUAUAUCUUGUUUGUUUAAUGGAGUCUUAUCAUCAGUAUAUGGUUGCCAGUGGAGAUUCCAGGAGGACACUGCACCUGGCAAAGAAAUAGUCCGUCACAACCCCAGAUUUCUUUUUAACCUUUGGACAGAGCCAGGCUAGCUGUUUCUCCCUGUUUCCAGUCUUUGUGCUAAGCUAAGCUAACCAACUCCUGGCUCCAGCUUCACAUAGAACAGGCAAAUAUGGGAGUGGUAUCGAUCUUCUCAUCUAACUCUCAGCAAGAAAGUGAAUAAGCAUAUUUCCCAAAAUGUCAAACUAUUUCUUUAAGGAUUUGAACAAAUGACAGAUGAUGUCAACUCUGGUGAGUUUCAAGUCUUGUAGUCAUAGUAGCGCUUUACAAGUCAAUAUAAUACAAAAGAGUUAAUUAAUAGUUACUAAUGUCUUUAUUAAUGGCUAGUAAAUCAUGUUGAUGCUUUACAGAUCAGUACUAACUAAAUCAGUUUGCUUUGUCCUUAUAAAUUAGGUAUAUAACUUAGUUAGGAUUGUUGUUAUGGACUUUUUGACCAUACUACCAUCUGAAGGAAGGAUGGAGAGUAUCUGGGUCAAUAACCAUAAUAAUGACUUACUAACAUUUGUUACUACAGGCUUGAUUUCUUAUUGCAAAGUGAAAAAUUCAGUAGCCAAAAUUGGACAGUAAUGGCUUUUAAUCCUUAUAAAAGCUUAUUACUGAUUGGUAAAGCACAAAAUGACUCAUUAACUGUCACGCUCACAUUUUAGCCAUAACAAAUGAUAAACCUAAGUAAGUCUUAUUAGAAAGUGGUCCUGUAAUCCUAUAAUCACUUUUUGCGUGGUCUUUAUAAGGUUAUAUGUGGGGUAAUAAAUUGAUGCCAGUUAAGUUGCAUUUCCACAGAUCAGCAACCUUUUAUGUUUCUUUAUUAUUUAUAAGUGAAUUUGAAAUAAAACAAAUUAUUUUGA